ACUUCCGGCCGUGUGAGAGUAUACAGCGUGCUCUCCAAAAGCUUCCGUACACCUAGUGGUGUCCGUCAGGGAUGCUCACUCUCUCCACUCAUAUUCAAAUUUGUUAUCGAUGAAAUAAUGCAACUAACGCUGGAAUGUCUUCGGAACCCCGGUGUUCAAAUAGCCUGUGACGAAAACCUUGUCGAUCUGGAAUAUGCAGACGACAUCGUUCUCAUCUUCAGAGAAGAGGUGAAGGCGCAUGUGUUUUUGGAUGAACUCACGAAAGUCAUUCCGUCCUUUGAAAUGCACUUUGCACACACAAAGUGUAAAGUCAUGUUCAUGGACAUGCAGCUACUGAACACGCCACUUACCAUCCAAACCCUGCGUUUCAAUAUCGUUUCGGAUUCUGCAAUAAAACAGAUGGAAUUCGUGCCAAUAGCAGAAAGUGCGAUUGUAGGCGCACCAGAUUGGUUUCUUUCCGGGGCAAUUACAACGAGCAACUCACAUUUGCGCGGGGAUGUUCGAUCUGCUCUCGUGGCCUUCUCCUCCAAACCCUACGUUCAUAUAUUUUUGGUCAAAGUCAGGUCCGCAGAACAGCAUGACGUCAGCUCAGUAGUCUACGUAGGUCAGAUUCAAGCACACCACGAACGUAUUUCAGGCUUGUCCUUUUGCGAAUCCGUGAAUUUUUCAUCUUCAUCGGAUAUUCAGAUGUUCUCUUGUGGACAGGACGGACUUGUUCGACAUUGGAGCUAUCACAGUCAUGAGUGGUUGCUCACCAAAGAAUUGAAUAUUCGUUCAUUCAAUGAAUCGCUGCUUCCCACAUGCCUGGAUACAAUUGUGAUCGCUGACCAAAUUCUCGCUUUAGUUGGGACAAACAAAGGAACAUUGCUUGUUUGGGCUGUGUUUGCACUAUCCACUGAACCCGUCUGCUUGACAAAGAAAUUCGAAAAUGAUUCAGCGACAACUUGUGCUUGGGAACCGUGCAACUUGUCGGGUUGCAUACGCCUGGCGAUUGGAUACAAAAAGGGGAUCAUAGGAGUUUACCUCUAUCAACAUUCCUCUGUGACCGCAGCGUCUUCCUUGACUCAACUAUCUCGUUUCUAUGCCCACGAACGGGACAUAUGUCACGUUGUGUGGAAUCCAUCUGCACACGGAUACUCAGAAGUGGCAGCGUCGGAACCAGAGUUAUUAUCUACUGGACGGGACCAGAUGGUUAAAAUAUGGAACAUUGCCAGUUCGUGGUGUUGUGGUUCGGUCAGAGUUCCUGGGAGUGCACGUUCAAUGCCAAAAGAAUCGGAUUCAUCCAACCUGACAAAAAACCAGUCUACAGGUGCUCCUUGGAUAUCUGCUUGUUGGUUCCCAGAAAAAACGGACAAUCCGGGCAGAAAUAUAGUUGUAUCCGGUCUUCGAGGUGAAUUGUAUAGCUGGUCCGAUUCGUCACAGCUGGUUCGUUUACACACCGAGAACCAUGGUCACUCAAUGCUUGUUUUCGCUAUUCGUUCUAUCCCUGAUAUGGACGGAUUGUUCUUCACAAUUGGCCAGGAUCGUCAAGUUAUUCUCUGGACAUAUCGUUGUCCGACUGACUUGACAUUCAUGCUUCGUGUGCCUACUAUAGCUGCUGGUAUCUCUGCUUUGGCACAGUCGGACCACGGACAUGGACCAAUUGCAGCAGGCGUGGCAGAUGGAUCAAUUUUAUUGUGGCGGCACUGCAGCUCUUUACAAGAAGAAUCUUCUUCAACGAACCCGGUGACUUCUUACUGGCCACGUGGUGUGCACGGCAGCUGUGUGACUGCCUUAGCUUGGCAUCCUUCAGUUCGCCAUGAAAGUCUACUUGCCUACGGAACCGAGUCAGGAUGUGUGGAACUCAUUGACACAUCCAAAAUUCCCAAAAGUGCUACUCAGAGGUCGAAAACGCAGCCAUAUAUUUUUGGAUCAACCGUCUAUCGAGUUGCUUGGGGACCUCCACUUUUCACAGAUUCAGGGAAGGAUCAGGUUGUUGAAACAGCUGUCUCAGAACACGAUGCGAAUGGUUCGACAGAUAGCACAGAUACGGUGGAACAAAAAGACUCAACAAACAAAUCCUCGAGUACUCCCAAGUUCUCAUCUUAUAUAUACAGCGUAUGCAAAGGGAAGAUUUUUUGCCACGUUGGCUUCCAGCGACCACCUUUGGAUGUAACUUUGAAGUUUCCCUCUGUUCCCGGAAUCUCUACAGAGGACUGGGUAAAUGACAAACGAACCGACAUCGCGUUUUUAUACCUGGAGAAUUCCACCCGUUCCGUUGACAGUCCUUCUGAAGAGAAUGAGAUCCGCGAGUGUUUCAGCUGUUUGAUCACCGUCGGCUACCGAUCUGGGUCGGUGGAUGUAUACGGACUCGUGAAAUCGAAGGAGCAUGUAUCGGUCGACCUUAUUCGACCAUUGUGUCGUAUUUCUUGUCAUACGAAGGGUGUCAAUUGCUUGGCUUGGUCCUUUGACCGCUACUGGCUUGCAGUUGGCACUAAUGAGUCCUUCAUCACUGUAACUGAUGUUGGGCACAUUCUGAAACAAGCCACGAAACCCAAUAAUCCCUCUUUCCGACAAAUUUCAACUUAUUUGGCACAUCUGGAGGGCCACGGCAACAGGAUCACAUGCUUGGACUGGUCUCCGCAUGAAAAUGGUCUCCUGCUUUCCGCUUCAUUUGAUGGCACUGCAAAUGUCUGGAAAGUAACUCAUAGUGACACCGAGUCAGGUUCCACAUCUGUAGCGAAUUUUCGAGCUCAUCGUCUUCGCCUAUUUGCCUGUCUGUGGAGUCGUCAGGAGGCGGACCUGGCUUUUAGCGGUGGUGAACUCUGUCACCUAUUUAGCUGGCGUCCAUCCAAACUCGCACAUAAAGAGCCACCUAAUUCCCGUCGUUAUAGGCCUCCUUCAGUUAAACGUGUGCCCACCGAUUCAAAGGAUCCCUUAAUGCCGUCGGGCAUUCUCGAGCCUUCGGCCAUUGUUGUCACCUCACAAGAAGUAAAUCAUACGGAAUGUGUACCAGAGCCCAUACAUCACACUGAUACGUCCGUUGGGACAAGUGUCCCACUUGAACUACCGGUGAAAUCUGUGACUACGAAAAAACCUGGUUCAGGGGACAAACGCAAGCGACCGUCUUUGUGUCCACAUUUUUUGCAUCGCGGUUCACUUGAACCAAGUACGACGGAUCUGGGAUUUUGCCCUCCUUUUCGCCUAGGCUCAAGGUUUCUGCAAGUAUCGCACGUACUAAAUCUGUUGAAAAACGAUGUUGAUCUACCUGAAUCGGACUGCGAUCUUCUGUUCCUAUUGCCAGAAACAAACAAAACACGAUCAGCCUUGGUGCGAUUUUUGACCAGUGAAGCAACUCAUCAUCUGUCAGCAUAUCGUGCAACUCAGCGAUCUAAUGGGCUUAUGCAUUUGGAUGCUUAUUGUAUCAUUCUUCUAUGGCUUGGACGUACUCCGUUGGUUGCGCAGACAAUGUGUUCUGAGAAACACAUGCCCUUUUGGUUGCUUUGGGCAGUUCAAUUGGCUCAAACAACCGUACCGGCCUUCUCCGCUCCCCGAAACUCAUCAGGUGAUCACGCGGAUAUAGAUCUAGCUGGAGAAAAGGUCAAGGAUAUGACAAGCAACAGCCCUGAUGUUUUGGUGUCUUCCACGUUACUUGUUUGUGCGGGUCGACAUCAGGAGGCCGUUGAUUACCUAUUUGCACAAGAUCGAGUGAAAGAAGCCUUGUUGCUUGCACGGCUCAGACUCAGUCCCAUGGACGCGAACUCAGCAAUGCAGAAGUGUAUUGCUCGCAUCAUCGAACGGCGGUUGUGUCCGGAGGUUCCGUUCGUCAGAGUUUUACAUGAACUUGGAGCUGGCGAGUGGGAGCGGGCACAGACAGUUCUACGUCAGGCAGCCGUAGUUUCCCUUUCACGCCAGGACAUGGAAGUUGAGCAAGUUGCAAGUAGCUGGGUAGAACUUAAUAUUCUCCUCAGCUGUCCGGAUGACAGUUUACCGACGAAUGCGUUUGUUCGAUUUGCUUUAAGCUGUCUGGCCGUUGGCUUCCAGUUGCCAGAAGCACAAUCCAUAGUUUACUUUCAGCGGUGUCAAGAAGCUGUGACUCUGUCAGCUGUCUUGGCUACUGGGACGGAUUGCUUUCGACUGUUGUUAAAUACUGGCCUUCGGUUUGCUGCUAUUCUUACUGGCUCUUCUCAAACAGAACUCGAAUUGGAUAUGGAACUACAUGCAGAUGUGAGAGAUAUUGUACACUGUCUUCGCUACGCAACGCUUGAUCGUCAGCCAGCGAAUCAGUGGUCUGCAUGUGCUUCCCAGUUGGCACUUGAUUUCACCAUUUGCCUUCUUUCAUCUAAAAAAUUGACGUCUCAAGACCAAUCCACUGAGGACCUUAAUCGGCUGGAAGCGAGUUUGCGUUUGUGUUCAAAAGUCAAUCCCACAAACACACAACAACUCAGUGACCUCCUGUUCCACUCCCAGACUUCUUCGGACCUUGACUCACGUUUGAAGCGGUUACAAUCGACUGCGCUCCGCCCCUCAGACAAUACAGAUGAGCAAAUCGGAAACACUUGUCCAGUGUUCUGUUCUCCUUUUAGCCAAACAACAAUGCCUUCCGUCCGAUCGCGGCGUAGCACAUUAUCUUACUCCGCCGAACUGGAGCGAGCCGGGAUGGCCCCCAUUGAAACCCCGAUUGAACGCGUCACGGGUUCAACCGUGGUAGACGCUCGAAUGUCUAGCGCUUCUAGAUUUUGGAAUCAGGAUAAUACACUUGUUAACAUAAGAAUGACCCCUUUCGGACACGAAAGAACCGACUACACAUACGGAGAUAGUGGAAGUUAUCGGUCAGAGCGGGUUAAGACCAAAUGGAACACACCGAAUAUGUCGCGCCUACCCGUUCAUGGGAACCACGUUGCUGGACAACACAUCGCCACUUUGGGUUCCCGUACUUUGAAUGACUCAGAUUUUGAAAUGGAUUCCGUUCUGACCGAUGAAAGGUUGUCAGCGGUCAUUCCGGGCCUAGGAGGCAAUCGCGAGGAAGAGUUAGAAGAUGAUGAGCUUAGUAGUAGGGCUUCAGUUGCCUCAUCUCGAUCCAGCACCCGUAUGUCGCGUGUCCGCUGCAUACGCGUGCAAGGUGAAUGGUGCGUUCAUUCUGAGUGUAUCGCUUCUACUCCUGGGAACCGACGUAUGAACUUGGUUGCUCGUCAGCGCAAUACAAACAAUACUGCUGACGUCACUCACAUCGUCGAUGGGACUGAUACAGAAACUCCCACUGGAAGAUCUCGACAUAAACACGAACAGCAGCAGUUGGUUUCUCGAAGAUCCACUCGCGCCGGUGUGAGACCCUCGAUUACGGCAACGAAAACCACUACAUCUCAAAAUCGCAUUGAGUCGAAUCCUCACACGGAUCGUUCGAAUCAGUUGGCUUCUGCUAGUUCCACGUAUGUCUACACCUAUGUAGCACCAGAUGCUGACCAUAUGCGACCAGGAGAAGGCGGAGACAAAAGCUCGUUCGAGAGAGGAGACAUUCCUGAUUCGAAUGGCAGAAUGUGGGGUGCACAACCUCCACACGUUUCAUCAAAUGAUCCCACUACUGAGCGAUCAUUCUUAGCCAAUAGGUUUGUUUGCUCCAGUGGAACGUCUUCCGCUGGAAACAAAGCCCAGAAAUGGCUUGCUCGACACAUUUUUGGCCUUGAGUCAUCUGCCCCGGUGAGUACUUCGAACCAUUUUGUACCCAGUGAUACUGAAGAGUCAGAUACAAUCACAACUGGUCGCUCCGUUGCUCGUGGGAAAUACGUACACAAACCAAGCGUCACACGAAGCCAUCGACUGCACCAUAUAGAUUCAUCAUCAACAACCUGGUUCUUCCGACCGUUGAUGCAAGGAGCAGAGAAGCUGAAAGGAGUGAUUUUCUCGAGUAUAGCUUUUGUAUUGGCUGGCAUCUUCAUCGCCUACGAUGCUUUCAGUUCUUGCGUCCGUAAUUUGUCAUCCGCCGUUUGGACCUUUUGGUUCCGUUAUUCCAGUCCUUUGCCCCACCGUUCUCGUGAUAAACUGACCGUUCAUCCACGGCUAACUCAAUUCGACAACCACGUCACUCUUCAAAUCUCAUCGGUCGAGGAAUCUGACUUCUUCUCUCGAUCGUUCCGGGCAAGCUACGUCUGGUUUACCAGAGCUGGGACGAUCUGUGUUCGUCUGGUGGGCUGUCUUUGUUUCCUAAUCCCGCUCCUCUUACUUUUGGCUUUCUUAUUCGCACCAGUUGCUGUCAAUGACGACGAACCACCUCCAGUGUGGCCUUCUUUUCUUUCGGAUACCGACUGUAAAAAGGCCCUACUCGAAUCUCGCCCCAGCGAUGCAACAGCUUGGCAGCUCGCCCUUUGGAGAUUCCGCUGUCUGUACAAUCUAUACUUCCUAACUCCCGACUUUCCGUCAAAUGCUACCACUUCGGAAAGCUCUUCAUUGUGGCAGAAGUUUAAAAGUUGGUUGUGGCCUUCUACAUCCGUUGUACCCUCCCCGGUCAUCGUACCAACUGAUCUACCGUCAUACGUCGACAGUAAGUUGCUCGCUCAGCUGGAAGCAUUCCGGGAUUUUGUGAACGAUCGAUUGGAUGGUUUGUCAAACACUAUACGUCAUACGGAAGAACGUGUGUCCGAGAUGGAACAACGAUCUGAGACACAGUUCAAUGACCUCAGUAUACAUAUUAACAAUUUGAAACAACACUUUAACGAGCACACCACUGCAUUGGAUUCCUGGCAUGUCCAGCUACAAGCACUGCAGGCUCUUGCAGGCCGCUUGGACAGUUCGGAGCCAUCAAAGGUGACUCUAAACGAAUACGAUCGACUCUUCAAUGCGGUUAUCAGUGCCGCAAAUCAAACCGUUUCCAAGGAGUUGAAUUUACUUCGGAUCGAACUGGAUGAGAAGUCAAGUUCAAUGUGGAACCGACACAACUCCAGUUUCACACAACUGUCCCUGUUAAUUUCUCGUCUGCGUGAAGAACUGAACGACCGCUUGCUUCAAACGGAACACAGGCUUGGUGAACUACGUUCACAACUAAACUCGGGAAUUCAUGCACAAGUAGUCAACCAUACGUCGCUCGUUAUCCAAAUGGACGAAAUCCGCCUAACAUUAGGCAAUCUAUCGGAGCGUGUGGCACAAGUCCGGAGCGCUAAUGAGGGGCUGGAUGGACUGUUCAAGAAACUACAAGAAGCCACACGAGACUGUAGUGAACGACAAUUGCAUCAAGUAGAAGACUGUAAGCAAGCGGCCAUCGAACGAGCGGAAAUUGCCGUGAAUGCUUUUUCCGAACGUUUCACCGAUCAAAUUUCCGUUCUUGUCAAGGAGGCUUUGCUGCAUUGGCUGAAUGAUGUGUCGGUUGAGGAAGCCCUGGAUUUGAAACUAUCAGAACUGGUUAAACAGUCCACACGAGAAGCCGUAGAUCGAGCCAUCCGUGAAUCCGCGAUCUCAGGGUACGCUCCGAGCGUGGACACCAGCGCAGAACAAACCGACGAAUUAAAAUCCCGAGUAUUCAUUCAGAAGCUUAUUGACGCUGCCCUAGAGCGUUUUGCCGCCGAUCGAGUGGGGAUGGCCGACUUCGCUUUGGAAUCCGCUGGUGGGUCUAUCGUAGGCACACGCUGUACGCGGACUUACACAGAACGGGCAGCACUCUUCACCAUAUUCGGCAUACCUUUGGCUCGUUUAAGCAACUCAGCAAGAACCAUUUUGCAACCAAGCAACAAUCCCGGUGAUUGUUGGGCAUUCCAUGGAAGUACGGGACAGGCGGUAAUUCGCCUCUCAGCACCUAUUGUCAUAACGUCCGUCACCCUGGAGCACCUACCUCGUGUUCUUUCACCAAACCAAAGGGUGGAUUCGGCGCCGAAGGAUUUUGUCAUCAAGGGUCUAUCAUCGGAAACUGAUGAAGGGGUCGUAAUUGGAACAUUUGUCUACGAUAUCAAUGGUCCUGCCAUACAAACAUUUCCGAUAGAAGGUCAGUCAUCUACGUGGCAUUUAAUCGAGUUGGGAAUCCUCAGCAAUCACGGACAUCCACUAUACACAUGCGUGUAUCGCUUGCGUGUACAUGGAAGAAUACCAGACUCCUAGGCAACUUGACGACUGACUGACUGUGAAUUGCCAGCAUGUUUCUGUCUGCCCACAUGUACAUAUCGACCCCGGCUGUAUUUUCAGACUCGUUAACACGUCUGUUGUCCCCGGUGUUUUAUAGUAUUCCAACUUCCCAUACAAAGUGUAUACUCUCUGAAACACCUCUAACCGAUGAAUGUGAUUUUCCUCUACUGCAGGCGACCGGUAGGCAGCCUAAUCUCCUAAUACCCGCUCAUGUCUUAAUGAUUCAUGUGUAACUUUGAAUAUCUUUUCUGCCGCCGCCGUCGCUGAUCCACCACUCAUUCACCUCGCUUAUCUAAUUACAAACGUUCUUC